GUUUAUUACAGUAAUUAAUGUAAAUUUAAUCGACCGUAAAAGUUAAUUAACGAGGCAUUAAUAAAAUGAACAUACACAAUUUCUUUUCCCAUUCGGAAAUACACGACGAAAAUGCUUAAAAUUGUCACAAUAAUCUUCUUAGUCACUCAUUAUGCACACCCAAAAACAUUUAAGUUCUUGAAAGACUACAAACUGAACGAAUCUCAUAUAAACAAAAGCAUACAAUGUGAUCAUUGUAUCCGGUUAUAUUUCCCUGUGUGUGCUGAUGAUAACUUGACAUAUACAAAUGAAUGUAGAUUCAAAUGCAUCAUGGCUAAACGGAAAUUUGAUGACAGAGCAACAAUUAUGAGGUACGGUCCAUGCAUUUUGGGUUCAAGAAGAAAACGAGCACUGAACAUUGGUUUAUUACCUGAUAUCUAUGCUUGAAAGGGCACCAGUAACUUAGCCAGGAAGAAAUAAAAGAAAUAGACCGAGA